CAUAAUUUUAGCAACAUUUGAACUAAUAGAUUUGCAUUUUCUACUUGCAGAACAUAUUCUGGUGUUAGGUGAGCAUGGAUGCCUUGUUUACCAGUGUACCACUUGCCAAGUGACCUACGGAGUUGAUUCCAAAAGACCGUUCCUCACUCAUAUGCGUGGCCACAAUGGAGCAAAAAUGCUCCCCUGUUCAUUAUGUGAGAAACAAAUGAGCAAUUUUACACUCUUCAUCGACCACAUGCUCAGGCACCAAGGAAUCAAACAGCCACAGGUUGUGUACUCUCGAAAACCAUGGGUCAGGAAGUGUGAUCUCUGCAGCAAGGUUUUGAAAUCGGCGAAAGCUUUCAAUCACCAUCUGGCAGCUAUGCACGCCAAAGAGAAAUCAUUUAAAUGCGGAAAAUGUGGAAAAUCAUUUGGCGCGGAAUAUAUUCUAAAGUUGCACAUGCAGCGCCAUGCUGAGAAAAAUAUCAUAUGCAAUGACUGCGGAAGAAAGUUCCUUGAUAUUAUAGCACUUAAACGUCACAUGGUCAUGCAUACUGGCGAUAAAAAGUUCAAGUGCAAAAGUUGCACUCAAGGAUUUCUGCAUCGUUAUUUGCUAUUAAGACACUACAGGGAAACAAAAGAAUGUGCUAGUAAAGCUAAGGUUGAAAUUGCAAAAUUUGUUUGUGACAUAUGCGGUACUGAACACAUCACAAAACGUGGUAUGGAAGACCACAAGGUUAGAGCCCAUGGAAUAACACAAAACACUGCUGAGUUUAAGUGCAACAUCUGUGAUAAAGUCUACUUGUUGGCUAAAGAUCUCCAACAGCAUAUAAGACAGAGUCAUCUGAAGAAUCAUAAGUGCACAAAUUGUGGUAAAUCAUUUGGAACAAGUAGGGCAUUGAAACAGCACAUGAGGACCCACACUGGAGAGAAACCAUUUAAAUGUAACCAGUGUGAUAAAACAUAUACACAGUAUGGAAGUUUGUAUCAGCAUAAAAGAAGACAUAGUAAAGAUGAAACAGAGUCUGUGAAGCUCAAUAUGAAAUACUCCACUGGCUACCAACUUGGAGACACCAAGCCAUGUGUGGUUGCCAUGUCCAGUGGGAACAAUCUCUACCCAGUGAGGAUUAAUCUUAGUACACCAGAGACAGAUCCUAGCAAAGGUUACCAAACAAUGAAUGACCAAGGCAAAUCAGUGAACCCACAGAUCGAGGAAAGUGGCGAAGUGUACCCUGUAUAUAUGUACCCAUCAUGUCCAUCUGAUACAAGUGAAUACCAGGGACCAUCUAUAUCAGACAGCAUUACUACGCACCAGUCCCCCUAACACCUCAUCUAAUGAAGGUAAACCGUACACAUCUCAGGGAGACAUAGUGAAUGUUUAUCCAUCUGUCCAAGACAAGCUUUAUACCCCAGUAGAGCCAACUCCAGGGGAAGAGCAACAACAGUCUGUCUCUCCUGACAAAGCUUACCCUUCACAUUUUAUCUACUAUAGGAACCAAUACCAACCAUACCAAGGGGACUCAAUCUGAUUGGUUUGAUUUAGAUAAAUGAAUGUUGACAUUGAGGGAAUAGAUGGACAACACAGAUAAAUAAAUGAAAAGUUGAUGAUUGUUUAGUAAUUAUGAUCAUUGAUUUCGCAAUCUUGAUAUACACUAACACAUUUUGUGAAGACAGAUUGGAAAUUAACCAUAAAUUGCCAAAUAACAUUUUGGUACUUGUAUUACAUUUAAAUUCUACUUUAAAAAAUAAAAAAAUCUACCUGAUAUAUAAAAACUGCAUUUUUUCAUUGUCUGCUUUCACAAUAAGGCAAUGUAGGUCUACAUGGAAAACAUUGCAGAACUAUACAACUAUACAGAA